AAUGUCAUUAAUAAAAAGCCACCAAGUACAAUUACAAAAAGUCCUCAUCAGAGGAAAGCUUUUCAGUUUGCUUGUAGCAUUGGUAAUCACUGUCUUAGUGGUUGCUUCUUAUGUGUUGUCUGGAGGUGGCCAAGACCUGUCUCAGACAUUGUCCCCAUCCACAUCUAAAGAUUUUGUCCUCGGUUCCAACCUUUCAAGCACAGAGGAACAGACUGAGUGCACUCAACCAAAUAGGCCUUGUAGAGUCAACAUUACAUACGCAACCUCCCAACUGAAGGGCCCAUAUGUGCAUCAUGGAGAAAUCCAUCUAACAGACAGACGGAUCCCAAACAGAGAAGAGCUAGCACAAUAUGAACCUCAUUUGUUCUCUGUGAUUCCACAACACUUCAUUCAGUCAAGCCGCAGCCCUUGCUGGUACACUCCCUUUAAUGGUAACUACACUGCUGACCCGUACAGGACCAAUGCAUAUGCCAGGUACGCCAAGCGUCUUCAUUCCAUCUUUGAAGAAAUACGUCAGGGAUUCUGGGUGCAGCUGCAGCAGAGGGGAGAGGAAAAUUACCGCCUGCGCUGCAUCCCUUACUUCUACAUCAUUGGACAGCCGAAGUGCGGCACAACAGACCUGUAUGACCGCCUGCGCCUCCAUCCUGAGGUUCGCUUCUCUGCUAUCAAAGAACCCCACUGGUGGACGAGAAAACGUUUUGGAAUUUUGAGGUUGAAAGAACCAUUUGGACGUCCUUUCCCCGUGGAGGACUAUCUGGACUUAUUUGAUUUGGCUGCGCAUGAAAUUCAAAGCCGUUACAAAGAAGAUGGAAUGAUAGACCCUCUGGUCAUAGGAGAAGCAAGUGCAUCAACUAUGUGGGACAACAAUGCUUGGUCAUAUUUUUAUGAUAAUGUCACCAACACAGAGCCUCCAGUACUUAUUCAAGAUUUUAUCCAUGCCUUUCAGCCAAAUACCAAGUUUAUCGUCAUGCUGCGGGAUCCCAUAGAGAGACUGUACUCUGACUAUCUCUACUUUGCCAUUGCAAACAAGUCAGUUGAGGAUUUCCACGACAAAGUGAAUGAAUCGCUGCAGAUAUUUGAGAGCUGUUUGCACAAUUCCACUCUGAGAGCCUGUGCUUACAAUACCACCUUCAGCAAUGUACUGCCGGUGCGGUUACAGAUUGGCCUGUACGUGGUCUAUCUGUGGGACUGGCUUUCACUGUUCGACAGGGACCAGUUUCUCAUUCUGCGACUGGAAGAUCACGCUGCAAACAUAUCCCAAAGCAUGAGGCUUGUCUAUAGGUUCCUCGGUCUGGGGCCGUUAAGUGACAAAGAGGAAGCCUCUGUGAUACAAAAUCCAGCAUCUAACAGCCGUCGCCCAGAAGACUGCAGCCUGGGACCCAUGUUCUCUCAAACCAGACAGCUUCUUAAGGAUUUCUACCACCCUUACAACCAGAAGCUGGCCGAGAUGCUUAUGGAUAAUGCUUUUAAGUGGGAGACUUAGAGCUUUUUGAAAUAGCAUUUGUCUAUACAUGAACAGAUCCACAGCAUAUACUGACACCUAGUGACCAAGCACUGUGUUUACAUCAUCAGAACAUCGCGCAGGCGCAGUGCAUUAUUCAGCCUUCAAAAAGUGUUCAUACUGUGGUUUUAGGCCUGUGAUUGCCGCUCAAUGUGCUUCCACCUGCUGAUCAUAAUGAUGAACUGCAGCUUUGAGAGAAGAUGUGUUACAUUAUGAGAUGUGCGACUAAAAAGCCAAAACUGUAAAGGACCACAAAUGUCUGAAAAAGAUCAAAAUUAUUUAAACAAAAUUAAUGCCAAAAUAAAUGAUUACAAUAUUUAUCAUAACACAUAUUUUUUUACAUCAGAAAAGAAAAUUAAAUAUCUUAAUUUGAAA